UGGCCCACGCUCACCUCAGCACUUCCAUCACCAUGAGGGCGACAGUGGCAGCUCUCCUUCUGUGUCUUGUGGUGGCAGCAUGCCGCAGCCAGGAGACUCCACCUGGCCCUCCUGGACCAACUGAAGGGCCACAACCAACUGGACCACCUGGACCACCAACUGGAGGUCCUGAUCCAACAGGUCAGCCUACUGGAGGUCCUGAACCAACUGGUCCACCAGGACCACCAACAGGAGGCCCUGAUCCAACAGGUCAGCCUACCGGAGGUCCUGAACCAACUGGUCCACCAGGCACACCUACUGGAGGUCCUGAACCAACAGGUCAACCUACUGGGGGUCCUCAACCAACUGGACCACCAGGCCCACCUACUGGAGGUCCUGAACCAACUGGACCACCAGGCACACCUACUGGAGGUCCUGAACCAACUGGACCACCAGGCACACCUACUGGAGGCCCUGAACCAACAGGUCAACCUACUGGGGGUCCUCAACCAACUGGACCACCAGGCCCACCUACUGGAGGUCCUGAACCAACUGGAGGACCCCAGCCAACUGGUGAACCUCAGCCUACUGGCCCACCAGGGCCACCCUCUGGGGGAUUUUGGCUGUUUUGACUUGGUGGACUCUGAUGGUUGACAUUAUUGCAUCUGUGAAACAUGAAGAGAGUUCAGACUUGAUUUUUACAAUUAGCAGGAUCUAACUUAAUUGAUGGAAGUGUUCUGUGAACCGAUUUGUAAAAUUUUUUGUCAUUAAAUGAGCAUCUAAAAAUCUCCAUAAA